CCCCCGUGCUUUUUUUCUCUAGACGUGUCUCUCCUGUUGCACGUUUUCGCACGGAUAUUUCGGCUAUCUUUGUAGCGGUUACGUAAUUUCCAACCGCGAGUCCGUCCCGGCACGGCGGUCCCGCGAGCGCGACGGACGGAAACUGCGGGGGUUCCGCGCUCGCGUCGUCGUCGACGGUGCCCGCGGGUGCCCGCGGUGAGAAAAGGACGGGGAGUUCCCAUUGUUCCGCGCAUUCUUUCGCGUGCCGACCGACGGAAUUUUUUCCCAGGCCGCCUCUCCUCGGCCUCGCCAGAAAUCCGAUAUUACCGGAGCGGAGUUGAUUAUCGCAGAAGUUCUAUCGAAACGUAACAAUGUGGUAUAAGGAGGCAAAGGCGUGCAACAAUAAUGGAAGUGUCAGCUGUGGAUUGUAAAAAGCAGCCCUGUCGACAAGGCGACAUGUCAGACUCGUCGCGAUACCUUUAUGGCCAUCUUCCUCCCGACAUUAUGUCGAAAGAACUUCCCAACAACGGCAUAGGAGGGAAAUUACACCAACUCGAGGAGCUGUUCAUUGGCGGUUCUGCCCAAAGCGGCCGGGCGAGUCACAAAAUUUCGAUCGAGUCGCUUAUCGACGUUUUGCUCGUGCUCUACGACGAAUGCUGCAAUUCUUCGUUACGCCGUGAGAAGACUGUUUCCGACUUUAUUGAGUUCGUGAAACCGAUAGCUUCGUGCAUCAAGAAUUGGCAGUUGACGCGGGAGGACUUUGAAAUCGUCAAGGUCAUUGGUAGAGGUGCUUUCGGGGAAGUAUGCGUCGUGAGAAUGCGCGGCUCGGACAAGGUGUUCGCCAUGAAGAUUCUGAACAAGUGGGAGAUGCUGAAGCGUGCCGAGACCGCGUGCUUUCGAGAAGAAAGGGACGUGUUGGUGUACGGUGAUCGCAGAUGGAUCACGAAUCUGCAUUAUGCCUUUCAAGAUGACAAUAACUUGUAUCUGGUCAUGGAUUAUUAUUGCGGAGGAGAUUUAUUGACGUUACUGAGCAAAUUCGAGGAUCGUCUGCCCGAGGACAUGGCUCGAUUCUACAUAGCCGAGAUGGUGCUAGCUAUAGGUUCUAUACAUGACUUGCGCUAUGUACAUCGUGACAUUAAGCCCGAUAAUGUUUUACUGGACGCGAAUGGUCAUAUCAGAUUAGCUGACUUUGGCUCUUGUUUGCGACUGUUCGAGGAUGGUACGGUGCAAAGUAACGUCGCUGUUGGUACCCCGGAUUACAUUUCACCAGAGAUACUUAGGGCGAUGGAGGACGGUCAGGGACAGUAUGGCCCUGAGUGCGAUUGGUGGUCUCUUGGGGUGUGUAUGUACGAGAUGCUCUAUGGCGAGACGCCUUUCUACGCGGAAUCUCUAGUCGAGACUUAUGGAAAAAUUAUGAAUCACAAGAAUUGUUUUGACUUCCCUCCUACGGACACCAUGUACGAUGUUUCUGAAGAAGCCAAAGAUCUGAUGCGGAAGUUGAUUUGCAGCUCUGAAUUUAGAUUAGGACAAAACGGAAUCGACGACUUCAAGAAACAUCCUUGGUUCGACGGAGUCGAUUGGGAUACGCUGAGAGACAGCACUGCGCCAUACAUUCCUGAAGUUUCAUCGCCCAGCGACACGUCCAACUUUGACGUUGACGACACCGACGUUCGCACUUCCGAUGCCGUUCCACCAGCCGCAAAUUCUGCCUUUUCCGCGCUUCAUUUGCCAUUUGUUGGUUUUAGUUUCACGCAAGGAAGUUGCAUAUCGGAUCUGGGUUGUAUUUCUGCCCUAACACAGACAGACAAACGCAUGCAGAUACUAGAGGAAGAAAAUGCACGACUGAUACAAACUAUUGAUGAUAUGAAAAAUCAAUCGAGUAUUAGUCACACUUCGCCUGGUAUCUCGCCGGAUUCUAAUAAUGCGACCAGAAAACUUCAAGAUGAAAUAAAUACGCUUACGAAACGCAAUUGUGAGUUGGAGUCGCAGUUGAAGUCGAUGGAAGUUCCACGCGAAUUACGAACUUUAGAUAACGGUGACAUGACGAAAUUCCGGGAACUUGAGAAGCUAGUUCGGUGUCUACGUACGGAGAAGGAUGAAGCUAUCAAGGACAAGCUGGACGUGCAGGAGAAAUUGAAGCUUCAGGACAAAGAAUUGAAGGAUGCGCUCACGCAACGUAAACUCGCGAUGGCGGAAUAUACGGAAGUGUCGGACAAAUUAUCCGAGCUGCGGCAGCAGAAGCAAAAGUUAUCGAGACAGGUUCGAGACAAGGAGGAAGAGUUGGAGGUCGCGAUGCAGAAGGUCGAUACUUUACGCCACGAUAUUCGGAAAGCCGAGAAGCUGCGUAGAGAGUUGGAGAAUAGAAUCGAUGAAGCGAUGGCGGAAACUGGCAAAGAGAGGAAAUUGAGAGAGCGCAGCGAGGAAUAUUGCAAGCAGAUGCAAGAGGAGACGGAGAAGAUUAGGCAACGUUCUCUUGGGAACGAUGCCAGUGCGAAUCACGCAUUGGCCACUCAGGAGAUUAACAGGCUAAAGGCGGAAGUUGAAAAACUUGAAGUUCAGUAUAACGAAAACUUGACUCAACAGCAAAGCAGAUUUAACCUUGAGAUUCGAAGUCUGCAGGAACAAUUGCACGAAGCGGAAGCUAGAAGAGAGCUAUUGGAAAGGGAGGUGCAGCUCACCAAAGAGAAAUUGGAUGCCGCGAGAUUGGAAAACAUCACCGACAGUGAAGAAACUAUAAGCGAGUUGAAUAGACGUCACGAGAGAGAAAAGAUUAUGCUAGUUGAAGAAAACAAGAAGCUUGUAUUGGAGCUCGGUGCCCUUACCGACAGCGUUAACAGAUUGCAAGGUGAGAGAAGGCAGUUGGAGGACGAAUAUGAGGAGCUGAGAAACAAGAAAGAAGCUAUCGCGCAGUGGGAAGCUCAGAUUACCGAGAUCAUUCAGUGGGUGUCGGAUGAGAAAGACGCUCGUGGAUAUUUGCAGGCCUUGGCUACGAAAAUGACGGAAGAAUUGGAAUUCUUAAAACACUCCGGCGGAGUGAGCGGUGUUGGAAGUGGUACCACGAUGGCGGAUAAAAAUUGGCGAAAUCGUCGGUCGCAGAAGCUCGAUAAGAUGGAGCUUUUGAAUUUGCAGAGCUCCUUGCAAAGCGAAAUACAGGCGAAGCAAGCGAUUUCCGAGGAGCUCACCAAGACUCGCUCGGAUCUGAUAGCUGCGCAAAAGGAAUUACGAGAUUUCAAGCAGCGAUUGGAUACCAUGUCGCACGAAUUGAAACGGAAAGAUAUGCAAGUAAAAGAGCUGCAAGCGCGUCUCGAUACCGGGGAUGGCUCUGUCUCGUCCAGCGAUACUACAAGCAAAUCUCCAAACAUCGUUAGCACCAAACCCCAACGUAUCAUCGUACAUCAGCCGUCGUCACCCCUACCAGUAAUGCGUGCCCCCCGCAUCACGACUUGUCGCUUAUUAACUAGAUUCGUUCCAGUCAACACGUUCAUCAGUCAGAAUGCCGUCUCCAUCGUAUCGCCGCCCGUUCUAGAACGUCCUACAUCGCAGAUGUCGUAUCUCGAGCACUUCCUUAAAGAAACGACAAGUAGCACGCGUCAUGGAAGCGUCGACAGUGUGGAAGGUGACAUCGAGGACAAUCGUGCACCUAGUAUCACGAGCAGCAAGAGUAAUCUGUCUGAACUUAGUAUCGAUCCAACUUCGCCAUUAUCCCACGAACUUUUGAACAAAUCUUCGUCCACUCACGGUCAAGCCAAUUUGCAACCAAAGCCUAAGUCACACCAAUUUCUCGUGCGGACGUUUUCAGCGCCUACAAAGUGUAAUCACUGCACGUCUUUGAUGGUCGGUUUAACGAGGCAAGGAGUCGUGUGCGAAGUGUGCGGCUUCGCCUGCCAUAUGCCUUGUUGCGACAAAGUACCUCCGAUGUGUCCUGUGCCCCAUGAUCAAACGAAACGACCACUGGGGAUCGAUCCUACACGUGGAAUAGGUACUGCGUACGAAGGAUAUGUCAAAGUGCCAAAAAUGGGUGGUGUCAAGAAGGGUUGGGUGCGUCAAUUCGUCGUAGUUUGCGACUUUAAAUUAUUUCUCUACGACAUCUCGCAAGAUCGCAAUGCCUUGCCGUCUGUGUAUGUUUCGCAAGUUCUCGAUAUGAGAGAUGAAGAAUUCAGCGUCAGCUCCGUUCGCGAUUCUGACGUAAUACACGCUACAAAGAAGGACAUUCCGUGUAUAUUUAGGAUAACUACGUCGUUAUUGGAGCCUCCUGGAUUGAGAAAUCAUACAUUAAUGUUGGCGGAUACGGAGAGCGAAAAAACAAAAUGGGUGGUAGCCUUAAGCGAGCUUCAUAGAAUUUUAAAGAGAAACAAUCUUCCAAACACAACGAUUUUUAGAGCGAAAGAACUAUUGGACAAUACCUUGGCUUUCAUUAAAAAUGUCAUGUCAGGAGCAAUUAUUGAUCCGGAUCGUCUAGUCAUUGGUACAGAGGAAGGUCUCUUCUGCUUAGAUUUAGAUCGUAGUGAAAUUGCAAGAGUCGGGGAAGGAAAAAAGAUAUAUCUUCUUGAAUAUGUUACUGAGGAACAAUUGAUUGUGGUAUUGAGCGGUAAGCAACGUCAUGUACGGCUGGUUCCAGUACGUGCCUUGGAUGGAGACGAGGUCGAAUGGAUUAAAGUAGCGGAAACUAAAGGAUGCAUCACGUUAACGACUGGAGUAGUGCGUCGUAAUCCGCUUAAUUAUUGCUUAUGCGUUGCAAUAAAGAAACAAAACGCAUCGCAAAUCAUCAUCUACGAAAUAACACGUACGAAAACGAGGCAUAAACGUAUACGCGAAUUAAUGUUACCGUGUCACGCACAAACCUUACAAGUUCUCUCCGAGGGUCGCUUAUGCGUUGGUUAUCCGUCUGGUUUUUCCAUUUACAGCAUUUUAGGAGAUCAUCACCCUAUUUCUUUGGUCCACGCUGAGAAUACGCUUUUGGGUUUCCUCACCUACAGUGCCGUGGAUGCGCUACGUUGCAUCGAGCUGGCACGCGGUGAAUUCUUAUUAGUCUUCCAUACGUUAGCAGUGUACGUUGAUAGUCAGGGAAGAAAGAGUCGGGAUCGAGAGAUAAUGUAUCCUGCAGUUCCUACGGCAGUUAGCUAUUGCGAGGGAUAUCUUUUAGUGUACAGCGAGACUCAUAUCGACGUGUUUGACUGCACAUCCGGAGAUUGGUUACAAACGCUUAACGUGAAACGAGCCCGACCGUUGAACGUUUCGGGCACUCUUACGUCUUGCGUGAUAAAUGACAUGCCGUAUGUUAUUUAUCUCAGCAAUCUGCAUCAGCGAGAACUAUUGAAUCUGACGCCAUUGGACGCGAGCGGUAGACAAAUGACAAGGCCACGACGAAGAUUUUCGCUGCGAGAGGGCAAUAGAGCCGUACGUCCCACGGACAGACGUUCGAAAAUGAUUUCUGCGCCGACAAAUUUCAAUCAUAUUAGUCACAUGGGUCCAGGAAAUGGGAUACAGAUACAACGUUUAUUAGAUUUGCCUACGACAUUGGAAACUGCUGAUCAGCAACACACGAGUCAUCACGGUAGUUCUCAUCUUCACAGUAGCCAGCAAAGAUUGUACGACGCUACGCUUCAGACACCCAACAAGCCAGCGCCACUGCCUCCUAGGCAUCCCCCUUCCGACGCGCGACGUCUGAGCUCGCAUAUGUCAAGAAACUCUGGAUAUUCACCGCACAACGGCUCGACAACAUCACGAAGAGGUCCCGCGCCACCACGGCCAACUGCCACGCCUCCUUCCUUACCGCGCACUCCGGUGGACCAAAUUGAUUCCGAAUCGGUACAUUUGCGUUCACACACUCCGCUCUCUCUCGGCAGUAUCGCAUCUUUACACAACAAGGAGCAUCCGUCUGGUGGCAGUCCUAGACACUCGAUAGCUUCAAACAAUAGCUCAAAUCCAUCAACACCACCGAGUCCCGCCCACGAUCAUGGAUCGUCGUCGUACGAUUCGUAAAUUUAUUUAACAUUUAUGAAGAUUUAGGUAAACAGUAUGUAUCUAGUACAUAUUUAAGAGAAACGAUCAAUUCGGUAUAUACAUAUGCAUAUGUAUACCUGUGCGCGUCCUCAUAUGUAUGUAUAUAUGUUAAGCUCUUAUAUUUUUACUAUACAUGUUCACUCUCCAUCUGUCUUUUUCCCUCCGCGGCGCUAAGAACGCGGAUUUUGAUAAUCAAUCCCCGUUGACUACGUGGACUUGUGUCAAUCAAAUCAGAAACUUGUCAAUCCGAACCUCCGUUGUUUGAUAAAUCGAAAUUUAAUUUUAGACUCGAGCCUAACAUAUAUAGUCAUAUAUUUGUAAUGUACUUUACAAACAUGCAGUGUUUGAUCUUUGGAAUGGAAAGUUAUUUCGCGGUAUUGCCUUACCGUCGUGCAAUAUAAUAAUGCAUACUUAACAUAAUACAAGUCAAAACGAGUAUCGUAAUCGUUGCGCUUUGACGACUUUGUAAUACACCGGCGCGCCGCGUGAUACCUUUUUAUGUGUGCGUGUGUCGCACGAGCGCACGCACACGUAAGGGUCAGCCGCGGCGGGUUUUUUUCUCUCGCAAAAGAUGCAUUAGUGCGUUUCUAUAAUUUUCUGAUUUUUUCAAGAGUUUAUAUGUAAUAAUUUAUGGUCGCGUUUAAUGAAGAGAUCCAUUAUUAUAAUAUAAUGGUAAAUUAUUGUAAAUACUUUAUACUCGACGAGAGAAACGAUCGUAUCGUUAAGCUCGCUUUGCGAUGCCAUAUCCAUUUCUUUCGAUUAGUUUGUCGUUCUUUAUCUCGAACGCGAAUGAUUGAUUGCGACGAUUUAUAUAACAAAAAUUGGAAUCUCAGUCAAAUUAACUAGCAAUAAAAUUUUAAGCUAUUUAAUGUAUCGUACGUAUCCUCGACUCUAGACGAGAGCAGUAGCUGCGAAUGUAUAAGUAUACUUAACUAACGUUACACCGGGAAUACUUGCGCGAUUUUUAGUUAGUCCCGUUUAUCAUUUAUUGUCGUGAUAAUUGGAUCGUAAAUACACGUCACGAACGCUACGAAACGAAUCUCUCUCGAUCUUUUCAUCGUGCAGAUGAUAAUUUCUCUCUUUUUUUUCUUCUCUUUCCUGCCGGCACAGUUUCGGUUUUUCCCUUGAUAACAAAGUCGGAGAUGUUUAUAUUAUCGCUCUUACAAGCGGCAUCAAUCGCGCACCGCGCGCGACUAUCCCCGGUUUAACGAGGUGGCGAAUUAGACGGAGCGCGAAUCGAUUCGAUGCCUUACGACUAAACGUUUUCUAUCGCGUCAUAACGCGCCGAUGUGCACGGUAUUAUCCGACUGUGUGAAUAGUAGAAUGAUCGUGUCGCGAGCUCCCGCUGAUAAUAAGUAGUUGUUAAGAAGAGGACUCGCCUGCGUGCGCUGUAGGCACACGCGAUGCGUUGUCGUGUCGAGAAACGCGACGGUGAAAUAUGUAUCGUGUGUAUAUCGAGUGUGUGUACCCCAACUGGAAAAUCGAACGAGAGAGUAUUGUCGUUUGACGAUCGAGGGCAUAAUAUCAUUGAUUAGCAGAAAUCUUAGUGCGGAUCAUUUGAGGUAAAACACUAGGUGGAAAUAGGGGGAAGGAAGCCGUAUUUACAGCCUGUGGCAAUUACUAGACGUAAAAAGAGAUCACGCGCGCGUGAAUACAUUUAAGUGCAAUGUAUCGAAAUUAAGGCUAACGCUAAAAGGAACAGAAGAAAAUAGCGAACAGGCGACGAGGAGAUAUUGUCAUUGAGCCAGGUCGUUCGAAGAAUAGUUUCUCCCUUUUGUAAAUUAAUAUAUGCGAAUUAGGUUUUAAACGGCGUGUACAUUACGAGACUGCGACGCGCGCUUUCGUUACUUUUGUACGUACAACGAGUGGGCGAAGUGCCAGUAUGCUAGGCGUAUGACCAAAUGAAACUAAUUUAUUUCAAACGACGAAAUGUGUACUCUCCUCCUCGUCCUCGUAAUUAACAAUCGACCCAUAUUGGUUGUCCUAUCGGUUCUUUCUUUUUUUUUAUAACUAUAGCUAAGUUUUUAUAGCUGUUCACCGAGGAAGACGGUGAAACGAAGAGACUUGAAUUGUCGAGAAAUUUUCGCAUUAUUUUCAACGCGCUUUGUACCGCAAGCGACGUUGUGUAACGUGCACACGAUUGAGAUAUAAGGAAGGCGGUAUUAUCGCAAACGUAUGCUUAAAAGAGGAGAGAAAAGAAAAUGCAGCUGCAGAAGAUCGUAAGACUUGGUACAAGAGGACAACUGUCUCAGGAUUCAAUGCCAGUAGCUUAAGUACGGUAUAGCAUUACCUAGCGAUCAAGAGACUCGAACAAACUGCUGAGAGUAAUUUUAUGUUCGUUGCUGUGUCUCUCCCUCUCUUUCUCUAUCUCUCUCCCCCCCCCCUCUCUCUCUCUCUCUCGCUCGCUCGCUCGCUCGCUCUCUAACUCAAUUUUUGUAAAGCAAGCUAAUCGAAAUUGAAAAGCUGGGUGAUGCACAAGCACGUUGAAUGAGAGUAUGAGUAACAUCCUCCGACAUACAUCUGCUUCCUAAGUAUACAGAUUAUAGACACAGUUACUAUCGAUGGCUACGGUAAACUCGACAGCCUUAUUCUAAAUGGACAGAGGAGAUCGCGAAGAGAUCGUACCGUUUAUACGCAAUGCACCGUUUCCCGACAAAACGCCGAGCGAGACGAUGAGAAGCCUCGGCGUGUCGGCCGCAAUCGCAAAUCGCAACGUGAAAGAAUGAUACAUACGAGAUGAAACGUCGCGCUGUACUUAUCGAUAGAAUCGAAUGAUCCGCCUAUUCUUCCGUUACUGUUACUUAAGGGUUCUUUAAAACGAGAGACAUCGACUGUUCGUAUUUUUGGUUGCGUCGUCACUUUCGGCCAGAUCUCGGCGAUCGAUGCAUCACACACGCAUGAAAGGAAUUGUCAUUCCUGUAUAUAGGAUUGAUUUCACGUCUUUGUAAAUAACUUCGAUUUCGGUCUACUUCUCAAAUCUAUUUAAGAUAUAUAUAUAUUCCCAGUGACCCCGAUUGAUUUACGAGCCUAUAUCGUUAUUUAUAUUGGACGUACUCUCCGUGGGGCUACUAAAAGGAUGUUAUCCGGUUCAUCAUUUUGUACGUAAAAAUGCGAGUAUCGUUUUAGAUGCGUAUAUUGUUUUCUUUUUUUUAAUCAAGUAUCGAGAUCUACGGCAUUCUGCGCGCGACAAGAAAUUAUAUAUAUAUAUAUAUAUAUUUGCAGACUGUACGAAUGUGACUAGCAUUUUUUACAUGAGGCGGGCAGUCGUCCGUUUAAACCCUGUAUAACCCAGUUUUUAAUUGUUUCAUCGAGUAACAAUGAUUUUUCAUGCAUUUUAACAACUGUCUUACUGGACUGCUAAACAGUGGCGCGCGCGAAAGGCUAAAAGAAAUUAUUGCGGCACCGACGCAAAAGAUUGUCCCUCCGGUUCUCAACCCAGCCAGAUUGUUCCGACGGACAUCAGCCGGUUUCCAGUAUAAGAUAAUUUUGCUGAAGAGUAAAAUCAACGACGCAACAAAAUUUUACAAUAAUAAUUGGGUUAUAGAGGGCUGAAGAAACGCUGUUACGACAUUUUAAAUUGUUAAUCUCAGUCGGCGAUGUAACAGUAAGAUUAUACUAUUCAUAACUUUGCAAACAAUUAGAUUAACAAUCCAUCCACCCAUCCCUCUCUCGCGCAUACACUAAAACACACACACACACACAUACGUUAUUUAUAACAAUAUACGCGUAUCGUUAGCAAUAUUUAUUAAAACCGUAUAGCGAAAUAUUAUUUGCGCUUUGGAUAAAAGUUGUACCUUAUUGUAAAUUAUCGCGUGUGAGCUAUUAUUAGCAAGAAAGGAGACCAAACUUUAUGUAUCUAGUAUCUCGCUAUAAGGCGCCGAGACGCCUGUCUCUGUACAUUUUGUAGUAUUUAUAUCGUUUGUCAUAUUCUUUCUCGCGUGUGAGACUACCAGAAGGAGGGUAGCGAGACGUGUAUAAUAUAUUUUUUAUUUUAUCCAUUCGAAAACGAGUUAAUUUUCCUGUGUAGAACAGCUAUAUUAAUAAAAGUAAAGGAGAGCCCA